GUGGAGAAAAGCUCGCACUUCUACAGGGGAACGCCGUCCAUUCUCAGAGCCGGCACGAUGCCCUAUUUAUACUCUGUGCCACACAGGCGAUGAGCAAAACAGCCCCACUCACAGCAACGCCUUGAUGGAGCCAGUGAUAGAGUCUGUAUUCGCUAUUCUCCAGGAGGCUGGGAAGAGUGAUAUUGCAGGAUAUACAGGGGACUGCAUUUUGAGUAACUAUGAGGAAGAGGAAGGAAUCCCUGAAGAGCUUAAGCAAGAUGUACUGCCUCAGCUACCAGAAGCCCACAGCCCGGACAUGGGGCCAGCCAGUCUGGAAAGGCAGCAGAAGGAAGCCUGUAACAACCCCUCUCACCAAAAAAGAGGCUUCAGGAAACCUGCCCUCAUUACUGAUAUCCAGAAAGCACCCACAGAAGAGAAACCAUACAAGUGUACAGAAUGUGGGAAGAGCUUUAAGGGGUGUCCCAGGCUCCUGAACCACAUGCGAACCCACACGAGAGUGCGGAUGUUUGAGUGUGUAGAAUGUGGGAAGAGCUUCAGCAGGAAGGCCAGCCUGGUGUUGCACCAAAGAGUCCAUACAGGGGAGAAGCCCUACAAAUGCAAAGAAUGUGAGAAAACCUUUGGCCGUGCCUCAAACCUUACCGCUCACCAUAAAACCCACACAAAAAAGAAAGCCUUUUCCUGCACCACAUGCAGGAAAAGCUUCAGUGGCAGUGCAGCUCUCUUCCACCAUCAGAAAGUCCAUAUGGAUGAGAAGCCCUUUAGGUGUACCGAGGGUGGAAAUAGCUUCCGUCUAUACUCCAACUUCAUCAAACAUCAGUGGACUCAUUUAACAGAAAGACCCAGUGAGCAAACAGCAGAUGCAAACUGUUCUGGAUUUACAUCUCUGCAUCAUAAAGAAGAGCAAAGUUGUGGUGCAGGAAAACCUGACACGGAUCACUUGAAUAUUGUUCUUGAAGAGUUGCAGAAAAUGAGGGAAAAUACGGAUAUGCUUCUUCUAAAUCAGCAAAGUCAGCUGCAGGUCCUGCAAGAAAUACAGAAACAACUGACCAUACUUCUCUCAGGCAAUGAUCUCAUUAAUUCAAAUGUUUAUACUUUAGGACUUCUGCUAGAACGGCAGGCAGCAGCAGCAGCAUCUCUUUUAUUUCCCCUUCUUAAUCCCAGCAGUCUUCUCCCUGAAAAUGCCAGUCUUGUAUCCCAGUCAUCACCUGGAAGUCUGCCUCCCACUCCCUCCUCAGUCUCUCAAAAUGCUGCCUCUUCUACAGCUUGAUCAGUUUUGUGCUGUGAAUGUAUCCAAUGUAGACAAAUGUGACUAUUGUUUUGUGGUGUUUUAUCAUUCAAACAUAUUAUCUCUUGUGUUGUAAUGUUGAAAUUGUAGUAGCUGUGAAGAUGCUGACCGUACAUUCAAACCUGGAAAGAUGCAUGCCUUGGAUCCAUCAGCAAACAGCAGCUGGCCAAAUCCACUGCCCAUUCAUUUGUAGUGGCAUGCAGACAUUUUGACCAGUAAUGUGUUUUGUCAGGGCAGCUCAAGAUCUUUAUCACUGGGGUGUAGUUAAGUGCAACAUCCUUAUGUAAGAUAAUGCAUAAAACUUAUUUUUCUACCUGAUACACUUUCAGUAUGUACUUGGGCAAUUGGACCUCGCCUAAGAAGCUGAAGCUAAUGAUAAAAUCAUCAUGGGUGCUUUAAGCAGCUCCUAGUAAGUCUGAUUUAUGUAGAAGUAACAUGCAAGAAGUUCAAUUUAACUGCACUUCUGUUCCCAGCAUCCAUUUGUGAAAGUUUCCUUCAUUCAGGAAGGCUUUAGAUCAGGUGACUAUAGCUGUGUUUUAGG